AAGACAUGUUUCCCCUUUUGAUUUUUAGUGUGAGCUUGCCUUCUUAUUGGCUAAACUUAGAAAACACCAACUUGGACUACAUAAUCUAAGUUGUAAAAUCCUCCAGUAAAUAAACUUGGUCUAUCCAAUCAUAUUAUCUCUCUAUGCUAUCCACCAUUUUACAUAAACCCCCAAAUCUCUCUUCAUCAACAUCAUCUCUACUUCUCUCUCUCAUUCAUUGCAAUGGGCAGAAGAUGCUCAAACUGUGGAAACGUAGGACAUAACUCAAGGACAUGUUCUUCUUACAAAACAAGAGUCAUUAGGCUCUUUGGUGUUCAUGUAGACACUAGAGGCUCUUCUCCGCAACCUCCUCCUCCUCCACCGUCGUCACUUUUAGCCGCCGCAAUGAAGAAAAGCUUUAGCAUGGAUUGCUUGCCCGCAUGUUCUACCUCUUCCUCUUCCUUCGCCGGUUAUCUCUCGGACGGUCUCACCCACAGAACACCCGACCGCAAAAAGGGGGUUCCAUGGACGGAGGAAGAGCACCGUACAUUUUUAAAUGGAUUAGAAAAGCUUGGAAAAGGAGACUGGAGGGGAAUCUCUAGAAACUUUGUCGUUACAAAAUCUCCGACACAAGUGGCAAGUCAUGCUCAAAAAUACUUUCUCCGUCAAGCCACGACUCUCCAUCACAAGAGACGCCGCACCAGUCUCUUCGAUAUGGUUUUCGCCGGCAACGUUGAAGAAAAUAAUACCAUUCCAUGUAAUGAUCAUUUUGGGUCGACCACAGAUGUUGUUUGGAAACAAGGAUCAGUCAAUCCUUGUCUUGGAUAUCAAGCUCCGGAAGUAUCCGAGUCGGGUAACUCAGUUGGACUUGAUCUUGAUCUGAAGCUUGCGUCUCUUCAGACUACCGAAUCGAAUAUUAGACCCAUCAGCGUUACGUGAAAAAAACAUAUAACACGUUUAAAAUGGUUUAAGUAGUAUAACUAUAAUGUUCACAUAUC